UCGCACCUUUCUUUAUAACAACUCUCUCUCACUAACACAUACCCCCUUCUAUUCUUCUACUAGUAACACCACAUCCACUGUCACACACGCAAACACACACUGUCAUCACUUUCCCAAUAUUUAUUUAUUUAUUACAAAACAAUCAAUUGCUCUCUGAGAUCUGAUCUACAUACACAUAUAUACAUCAUCGCAAAGCUGGGAUUUUGAUAUUUUCCUCUGGCACCCAAUUGGGUUUUGAUCUAGCCCAGUUGAUCACUAAGUUGGCCUGGUGUGAAGAAGCUGUUUUAUGAUUUAUGAAUUGUGAUUCAAAUUUGAAGUAUUAGAGUUGCCACUUAAAGAGUUGCAAUUUGGAUUGGUGUUACUUUCAACUAAUAAAUGUCGAGGGGAAGAGCUGAUGGAUCACCGAAGAAACGUUUAAUUGCUUCCAUUUGUGUUGUGGCAAUCUUUCUUGGUUUCCUGUAUGUCUUCGGUGGAUCCAUCUUUGGCUCUCAAAAUGGUGGUUCAUCCACUCUUGACUAUGGAAAAUCGUUGAAACGACUUGGGUCAUCAUAUUUGGGUUCGGAUGAUGACACUGAUAGCAAGCAAGAUGAAUCUUCAUCGAAUUUAGGGAAGGGAGAUGUGGAAGAUGAUAUAAUACCCAAGAGUUUCCCUGUCUGUGAUGAUCGCCAUUCUGAGUUGAUUCCUUGCUUAGAUAGACAUCUUAUCUAUCAAAUGAGGAUGAAGCUGGAUCUGUCUGUGAUGGAACACUAUGAAAGACAUUGCCCUCCUGCCGAAAGGCGGUACAAUUGCUUGAUUCCCCCUCCACCUGGAUACAAGAUCCCUAUUAAGUGGCCACAAAGCAGAGAUGAGGUGUGGAAAGCAAAUAUCCCACAUACUCACCUUGCACAUGAGAAGUCUGAUCAGAAUUGGAUGGUUGUCAAAGGUGAAAAGAUAAAUUUUCCUGGAGGAGGAACUCAUUUUCAUUACGGUGCUGAUAAGUACAUUGCAUCGAUUGCUAAUAUGCUCAACUUUUCAAACAAUAAUCUAAACAACGAAGGAAGGUUGCGGACAGUGCUUGAUGUUGGCUGUGGUGUUGCUAGUUUUGGAGCUUACCUCCUUUCAUCUGAUAUCAUUGCAAUGUCCUUGGCACCAAAUGAUGUGCAUCAAAAUCAAAUCCAGUUUGCCUUAGAAAGAGGAAUUCCUGCAUAUUUGGGUGUCCUGGGAACAAAGAGACUCCCUUACCCAAGCAGAUCUUUUGAACUUGCUCAUUGUUCUCGUUGUCGAAUUGAUUGGCUUCAAAGAGAUGGAAUACUACUACUUGAAUUAGAUCGAUUGUUAAGGCCAGGAGGUUAUUUUGCAUACUCGUCUCCAGAAGCAUAUGCACAGGAUGAAGAGGAUCUAAGGAUAUGGAGAGAAAUGAGUGACCUUGUGGGACGCAUGUGUUGGAGAAUAGCUGCAAAAAGGAACCAAACUGUCAUUUGGCAAAAACCUUUGACAAACGAUUGCUAUAUGGAAAGAGAGCCCGGUACCCGCCCCCCUCUUUGUCAGUCUGAUAGCGACCCAGAUGCUGUGUGGGGAGUAAAUAUGGAAGCUUGUAUAACACCUUACAGUGAUCAUGACAACAGAGUUAAAGGUAGUGGAUUAGCUCCAUGGCCUGCAAGAUUGACUAGUCCUCCUCCUAGACUAGCUGACUUUGGCUAUUCAAGUGAUAUGUUUGAAAAGGACACGGAACUUUGGAAAAGGAGAGUAGAGAAAUACUGGAAUCUCUUGAGUCCCAAAAUCAAAUCAAACACACUGAGGAACAUAAUGGAUAUGAAAGCACACAUGGGUUCAUUUGGAGCUGCUCUUAGAGAUAAGAAUGUUUGGGUGAUGAAUGUUGUACCCAAAGAUGGAUUAAACACACUCAAGCUCGUCUAUGAUAGAGGCCUCAUAGGCACUACCCAUGAUUGGUGUGAAGCAUUUUCAACGUACCCUCGAACCUAUGAUUUACUCCAUGCAUGGACCGUCUUCUCCGACCUAGAAAAGAAAGAUUGCAGCCAGGAGGAUCUGUUGAUUGAGAUUGAUCGUAUCCUCAGACCAUCCGGUUACAUAAUCAUACGCGAUAAACAACCGGUGAUUGACUUUGUAAAGAAGUACCUAACCGCGUUGCACUGGGAAGCAGUGGCAACUGCAGAUUCGAGUUCUGACUCUGACCAGGACAGUGAUGAGGUUGUUUUUAUCGUCCAGAAGAAAUUGUGGCUGACCAGCGAAAGCUUUAGGGAUACAGAAUAGGAAGCUAAAAAAAGGUUCAAUUUCUUACGUAUAUAUUCUGGGAUCAAAAGCAUGCCCCCAAAGCGGUGAAGCAGUGAACAAUGUUCAUUUUGUAGCACUAAAGAAUGUGUUUUACAUUGUUUUGUUCUAAUUUUUCUUCUGUUUGAUUCACAUUUAUAUUCUAUAAUGAUUCAUGUCACUAAGAGACAUAGGGCACCAAUUGCAUCACGUUGCAGGCUCAUUCAAUAUUUUUGCCUGCAUUUGGGUAUUGUGUAAGCUACCUUAAUAAUGAAGACACGGUAGAUUUAAUGAUGAGAAGUUAAGAUUUUAUUAUCA